GUUUACAGUCCAUUAUACACAAUCAAGCCCAACCCCCCGCCGCCCGCCUCCGCCCUUCUUCUCCAGCGACGGCGACCAUGCAGGGCCGCCUCCGCCGUCUCCUCCCCGCGCCGCCGCCAAGGGCCCUGCUCUUCCGCUCGCUCUCCUCCUCGCCGCCUCCGAAAGGCGGCGGCGAUGGCGGCAGCGGGGUGCCGGUGAAGCAGGUGACGCGGGGGAACCUGGCGGAGGUCCUGGAGGAGCUGCGGGGGCGCGUGCGGGAGGCCACGUUCGUGGGGCUCGACCUGGAGAUGAGCGGCGUCACGAGCGCGCCCUGGAGGGACACCUUCGAGCUCGACCGCGACGACGUGCGGUACCUCAAGCUCCGCGACUCCGCGGAGCGGUUCGCCGCCCUGCAGCUCGGCGUUUGCCCCUUCCGAUGGGACCCCGCCAAGUCCGCCUUCGUCGCCCAUCCGCAUAACUUCUUUAUCUUCCCUCGCAAGGAGCUGAGUGAUUGUCCAUCUCAUGAGUUUCUUUGUCAGACAACUUCAAUUGACUUCUUAGCGAAGUACCAGUUUGAUUUCAACACAUGCUUCCGUGAAGGAAUAUCUUAUUUAUCCAGAGCACAAGAGGAAGAAGCACUACAGAAAUUAAAUUUGUUGCAUCAAGAUCAAACAUCUGCAUCUUCCACCGCUUCUGAAGGGGAUGGAGAUAUGCCUCUAGAGAGGGCUGCUGAUAUCCUUUUCACGGAAAGGAUGAAAUUGAACUUCAAGGAAUGGCGUGAUGUGAUAGUCAGCAAGCCCGACAGCCAUUUGUUAGGAAACACUAAAUGUGCCGCAGGACAAUUCCAAACAGUUUUCUUCAAAAUGCGCCCAGCUAUUAUGCUUAAUGGAUUCUCAUCACAUCAGUUGCAGCUAAUUGAACAGGUUUUGAGAAAAAACUUCAGGGAUCUUGUUUAUGUCUGUACAUUUGGUGAGGAUGACACAUCUGAAAAGAGAGUAGUUUAUUCAGACACCGAUGAGGACAAAAUAUUGCUGAUGAAAGAUGUGCAGGAAGAUCUACUGAAAAGCAGGGAAGCAAGAGUCAAAUCAGCAAUAGGAAUCCGCCAUGUCAUUGACCUUCUUUCAUCGGAAAGGAAAUUGAUUGUUGGCCAUAGUUGUAUUCUAGAUAUUGCACAAGUGUACAGCAAGUUUGUCGGUCCUCUUCCUUCAUCUAUCAAGGAAUUUGCCUUAAGUAUCCACAAAAUUUUCCCACACAUCGCAGAUACCAGGCAUCUUAUGUCUGUCAAUCAAGCAGUUCAGAAACUGAUGAAGCAGAAAAGUAAAUCACUGUCUUCAGCUUUCUCAUUUUUGUGCCCUGCAUCACCUUCAUAUGCUAUGAAGCCAUCCAGUCUUUCUCCUGUGAAAAUUGAAGUUGAAGGAGAUGAAACAAAGUCGUCUUGCUUCAUUUCAGGUGCUAAGCAUGAAGCAGGGUAUGAUGCAUACAUGACUGGAUGUGUUUUUGCACAGUUGUGCACUUAUCUUGAUAUCGAAUUUGAUCAGCUCUCACCUCAGGAUAACUUAGCAACAAACAAUAAGCUGCAGAAACACAUCAAUCUUUUGUCCCCAAGCUGGAACAGUGGAACAGUGAUUGAUUUAAGCAGUGGCAUGGAGAGACCAGAGCCAGGUUAUAUGAGAAGGUAUCCUGCUCCUGUAUAUGAUAACAUUGUUCUCAUCUGGGGAUUCAUGUCUAAGGUCAGACCAAAGGAAAUUAAGGAUUGCAUCUGCAAAGUGUUUGGUCUAGGAUCAGUCAUAUCUGUCUUCUCCAUCGAUUCCACCGCUGUCCUUGUGCAGUUUAAGAAACCAGAGUCUGUAAAUGAUUUCUUGGAUUUGAAGGCAGUUUUGGAGAGGACGGAUAGUGCUAUCUCAAUUCUACACCCGUUGUCAACUAUAUUGGAAGGAGGCCAAACUCGAGCUGCGAAAUAUGACACCUACAGAGACAUCUGCAGCUCUUCUGAAUCAAAAUAUCUUUUUGCAGAUCAAGCUGAAGCAGUUUGUGCAACUUCAGAGAAUCAGCUCCAAGAGAAUGUUGAUGACAAUCUUAUAUCUGGUGUGCACCAGAGUAUUCUUGAUGGCACGGUGCUCACCUCAGUAAAUAAGGGAGAUGGAACAAAAUCUGGUUCCAAGAAUGAAGGCGAUGCUGAUAUUACAUGCCAGCAUAUCUUAGAUGCUCUACAUGAUGGCAGAGCAUUGAUUGGCAGACGAAUGAGAAGCUAAUGACUGCUAGCGGCCUUUUUCCACAGGUUUUUAGCAAUUUGCCUUUUAUUUUGAGGCUUAAUGCUCUGAAUCUAAUAGGGAAUAUUUCCCCAAUGUCUUUAGGCACAAUGCCAUAACUAGCAUCCGCACGCAGUGCAAGCUUUGAACUACAGAAUAACUGUCUACUUAUACAGGGAAGCAUUCUUCCUGUUGUCAUUUACAAGAAUGAUUAGUACAUUCUUCCAUCCUCUUUUGCUCA